AUGAAUUUGACUGUUUAUCUAAAACAAGUUGAAAAACAAUGGAAGCAACAGGUUGUUAUGGUUAUGGAAAAGAAGGUAGAAACAAAUUCUUCAUCUGGUUACCAAGUUGGCNAUUUAACAAAGAUAAUCAAAGUUUUGAUUGAUGUAUAUGAAAUGCAGGUCAUUUUUGUUCCUGCAGGUUAUGGAAAAGAAGGAAAAUCCAGGAAGCAUCCAGGGCAAGGAACAUCUGAUGGAAAAUUCCGGGACAAGCGUUACUUUACCUGUUCACCAGACUCCGAUGUCUUUGUUGGACUUGAUAAAUUAACACCUCGAGAGGAUCCUGACUCUAAAUCUCAAGCUAACUUUAAAUCAAGACUAAUAGAUGCAGUUAUGCCAUCCUUUGUUAAAAGAAAAAGGGAACGAAAGUCUCCUCCGGAAAGAAUUAACCAGGAUGAAAGAGUUGGAAGUGGACAUGGCCGACGGAAUGGAGGACAGCUCUUUGUUUGUAAGACAGAUUUUACAAUGUUUGUUGAUAUAGAAAAUGUUACACCAGAGGACGACUUUGAUGAGAACCAUAAAGAGACUUCAUGUACAGGAAAGAAACCACUGGACAAACAGGAUGCUACUAAGGAGCAAAUUCGAAGAGAUGAAUCAUUGGCAAAAUCAAUGAGUUGUGAUUAUAGACCAUCAGGCAAGUCUAGACAGUUGUUGGUGUUUUUCAUUUACUAA